CUUUGUUCAGGACGUUAAGUGCCCGGAUGUUAGCUUUACCAAAAUCCGCCAUUUUGCGUAGGCCAAUCUAGAAACGGCGCAACUGUUUUUGUUAACAAACAUAACUGCUUCAACUUAUUCACCAAAAUGAAUGUCAAACUGGAGGGUGACAUGGUGGACAGAUAAAACAAUGUUCAGAGUGAAAAGGUGUGGAACAUGCAAGUUUCAGAAAACAAACUUGGCACUAAAAGAUUUGGCUGCCUGAAGCCUGACUGUGGCCAGUGUGUGGUCUGUAAAGACAUGAGGAAGUUUGGAGGCAGCGGGGUGAGGAAGAAAGCCUGCUUAAAGAGAGCUUGUGAAAACAAAAACAUAAUAGAAAUAAACAAAACAAGUGGUGAUGGACUAAGUAGAAGGAAACUUACGCCAGAUAAAGGGAAACCUUUGACAGCAAGUCCUAAAAGUGUAAAAUCUGACGGCAAUAUUGGUUUGCCCAAAACACUCAGUAAGAACAGAUCUGAAACCUCAAAAGUCAGCAACGCUGCUGCUCCUCAAUCUCCACUAAAAGUGAAAACACCAUCGCAUAAUACCGGUACAAAACAAGGAGUUAAAAAGGCUGUUCUUGAGCCCGAGGUUGUGAAGGUGCAAGUUAAAAAGAUGGUUAAUUCACCUGUUAAAGAGAAGAAGGUAGUUCAGGUUCAAACAAUGCUCAGCAGUGUGGCAGCAAAGACUGCUUCAAUAACUGUCCAAAUAUUGGACAAACAAGUUGGUAGUAGUCCAGUUCAAAAUUCCUUUAGUGCACUGAGAACUGCAUUGCAACCAGUAUCUGCAAUCGGAACAGAAAUCUCAGCAAAUACAAGAGUAGCAAGUCUGAGCGGUAACGGUACAAACGCUACACCAGCGUCUGUGGAUGGGAACACAAGGAAGGAUUCAAUAGUUCGAAGGUCGCUGGAUUCUGCCAUGGAUCUGUCGUCUGAGCAGGCUGCCACUGCUGUCAGUAAGCCAGAUGUGAAGCUGCCUUCACUGAAGAUGGAUACCAUGAGUAAAUCAGAGCUGAAGGAGUUCAUCCCUGGGUUACUGAAGAUGUUGACUGGUCGCCCGUCUGCUUUCCACAGUCGCAGGUCGGGCAAACCAGUCUGGUGGCCAGACGACGUGUCCUGGGUGAACAACAUCACAGACUGGUACUCACAGAAACUCUGGCCAGACGUAUUGAAGGACAUAAUUGUGAGUGGGUACAGGCAUGUGGGUCAGACCCACCUACUGUCGGAUAGCAAGCACCCAGGUCUGCAGGCCUGCCUAGCUCAACAGAGGGAGGUCGGUGAGGCGACAGUGGGUGCCCGAUCAUGCCCACAGACCCCCAUCAAGACCAAGAGUCUCACAAAAGACCUGUAUCUACCGUACUAUGCAGAGAUCUACAUCUGUUACUUUUGUGAGAAGGAGUUUAUACAGCGGGACUCCAUGCAGGUCCACCAGUCUCUGUGUCCCAAGAGGCCUGUCUUCACCCUAGAGGCGGGGGAAACCUUGACCCUGGGGGCGGGGACAAGUAGGCUGGCCUUCCAAGACAUGCAGGGGGAAUCUUCCUUUAAAUCGAGGACGGAGGUCGGAAAUGUCGGAAACAAGUGGUCCUCUCUGUCCAAGGAGAAGUUUGUACCAAAUUUGGGACUGAUAGCUCAUAAAGAGGCUGUGGCCAUUUUGAAACGGAAGCCCAAGCUGGAGAUUGACUGUGAUAUAAAGCUGGAUGAUGUGGAUCCAGUGCCCUUGUCGCCAGUGCAGAUGAGCUCCCCAACCUCACUGAUGUCUCAGCUGUCGAGAGAGGAGUCUGCAGCAAGGAGACACUUGUCUUAUUCCAUGUCAAUGGACAGGAAUGAGAUCCACAGUGUUCCCUCUGAUGAAGACUCCGACAAUGAUGCCGAUGCUGACAAGAAGCAACAGUCUGGGCCUCAGUUGAAUUUACUGAAUAUCCCGAUCACGUCCCUGCUUGGUCAAAGAGUGAAAAAGUAUGUUCACGUGGACACAGCAUUGCCUGUUGUGGCUGACUCAGACUCUUUCUGUCGAACCCCGGUGAAGAAUCAGUUCUUAGAGAAAUUGCGGAAGAAGCCCCUGGUGUAUCCUAUGAUAUAUAAGCCGAGAAGAGUCGCCAAUAUGCAAAAACAGAACCAUACGUAUUGGUUCACCAAGAAGCAGAAAAAAGAGUUCAACUGUUUUGCUGAGUACGGUUUAAGUGUGAGGAGCUAUGAACUGUUGAAAAAGAUGAAGAAGUUUCGAGUCACUGUGGAGAAGAUGUCGCGCAGGACGUUACUGAUGUGGGUGCCAAGGCGGGUGCUGGACAAAAUCCUGCGGGGGAAGUUCAAGGGUCUGAAGGUAGGAGGGUGUACAUAUGAGGAGGAAUUCUCCACUUCAGAAUGCGAGUUUCCCUCUGGGCCCAGCCUGCUGGCCCCUAACAUUGACAAACUUCUUGGGCUAAAGAAAAAGUCGAGCCAGAAAUCUCCACAGAAGGCUUUGAAGCCCCUCGGCCUGACUAACUGUGUGUCUGAGGAGAUGGAGGCAGAGGCUUCCAAGCAGAAGCUAACGUUGUAUCGGAGCUUGCUGUACGAGAUGUCGGUCGUGAAAACUGCUGUUGUCAUGGAAGACAUUGCUGGAACUAAGGAGAGGUGUUCGGGUAUGAAAAGUGUGGCAAGAGACAAUUUGAAAUCAAUUAAUAAUGAUAGUGAAAUAUUCAGGAAAUCGGACAAAGGAGCUAGUACUAAUGUUGUGGAAGUUAAAGACCAGAAAAGUGUGGGUACAACAAUGGAGUACAAAACUCUCAGGUCCAUUCUGACCUCAGGAAGGGACAAUUCACUGCACACAACAAACAAGCUGCUGGAGCCAGGGUCCUCGCAGCCAGACAUGGACCGGCUGUCUGUUAGGUCUGUCUCCUCAGAGAACGAGUCCAUCAGUUCAAACUGUUGUUCAGCGGCUGCAGAUAAGUCUCAGAAUACCCUUAUCUCCCACAGUAAAGUUGGUGGCUCCAAGAGUGCUAGCUUCUUAGAGCCACUGAAUGUGAACAUUGACACUGAGGGCGUGGGAGGGAGUGGGGACUAUGCCUUUCCUUCACCUGUCUCAAUAACAAGUGAGGCUCCCUCAUUUGUGCUUCCCACAGACCUGAACAAGUCUGGCUUGGAGGAGGAUUUCAAAUCUGCAUUAGACUCACCUGCCGUUGUGUCUCUUGAGAUAGAUAAUGGUAAUGUUAAGAAAGGGGAAUCGAGCAGUUCUCAACCUGUUCGGAAAUCAAACCGUUUGAGAUCUCACUCUGUUCAAAAUGUGCCAUUGUCUUCACUUACUGGGGAGAAACCUCUUCAAGUUGUGAAAAAAAUGUCAGUCUCUCCUUGUAGGAUGUCACCAAGGAAAAAGUCCCUUGUUGUCGAAAAGGACUGUAGUGAAAGACUUGCUGUUGGUUUGGAACUGAUGUCAGUAGUUACUAGCACACCUGAUGGUCCAGAAAAUAAACCGCCUGAAGUGAAAUCUGUCUUGACAGGAGAUGGAGCAUUUAAUGUGAAAUCGAGGAUGGGAAUUGUAAACCCAGAAUCGUUAAAGAACACUGUUUCUGCUCCCUCUCAAGGGAACCCCGGUCAAAAAGUAACAGAAUCUGUCUCUCUGAUGGAGAAUAGGAGUAGAAAGCGUAAAAGAACUGAGAGUCUUCAGCAAAUUGGCAGUAACAACGCUUUGGUGUCGAACAGUCCAAGCAAGAUUCGGAAGGUUGUGUCAUCCACAAUAUCACCUACACAUUCUAUUCUUAAUGUUAAAACUCGGUCUUCAAAGAGGGAGGAAGGGGCGGGAGAUAAAGCAUGUUCCAUUUUUUCCUCUGAUAUAUUUAAAAACAAUACCACACAGUCAAACAGUCUUGAGGCCAGUAUCAAGAGAAGCCAUAGACUUUCAGAAAAACUUUCUCAGAACAAAGGUCUUUUGAUUAACUCCAGGGAGAACUUCUAGAAACGUGGAACAUAAUUUGUUAAUUUUAUAUUUUCAAACGAUUGAUUUGAUAUUGAAGAAAACAUUUAAAGAAAUUGUUCAGUUUUUAGAUGCCUCCAAAAUUGUUCAAAAUAAAUAUUUUUGUUGUCCCUGAUUUUGGAAAAUUUCCAAAAAGAAAUUUAAUUAAAAUGUGUUAUUACUUUAUGCGCUUUAUAUGACUAUAUUAUUGAUGCUGUGUUUUUAGAAAGACAGAUUUUUAUUAUUGUAUAAAUUUGAUAAUGAAAAUGCUUAAUAUAGUAUAAAUGAGACAAAUGAUUGAAAUUAUCAUGAAAAAUCACAAUAUUUAAUAAUUAAGUUUAAGGCUUUAACUACAUGUAAUCAUGCAAAAUCUUAAUUUUACAUAAAUAAUGUAAAUGCUUAAAAUUAUAAUUAAAAAUUCUAAUAUUAAAUAAAUCAGGUAAAAGCUUGAAAAAAAAUCAUUAAAAUAGAUGUAUUAAAUAAAAAAGGUACAUGCUUAUAAGGAUUAUUCAAUGUUAUAAUAUAUCCUAUUGGAAUCAAAGGUGUCAAGAUUCUGACAAGAUUAAAUACAGUCUCCAUAUUUGUUACACAUUUCUUAUCAAUACCAAGGUUAAGGGUGUUCAAAAUAUCAGUCCGAGAUCAUGUUAAUGGUAUACGUUUGUGAAAUUGUGAUGCAAUUGGUUCAUUAGAGCUACAACAAAACAUAAUGCAUAAAUUGUUGUGUUGCCAGUGUUUUAUAACUGGUUAUAUUUUAUACUGAAUCCUUUUUUUCAAGACUGUUCAGCAUAAUGUUUUCAUUUUUGCAUGGUAUACUCUGUCCAUCUGGGAGUCCUCAUUAGAUAUUGUCCUAUUUUUGAGUAUUGAAGAAAUAAGAGACCAUCAUGAAAGAUCAAUAAAGAAAAUUGUUUUGUUUUUUAUUCAAAAAAGGUGUACGCUAAAAUGUUUGGUUCCUCUGUUAUAGUAUUUUAUUAAUAUGCAGUAAUAUUGAGUAAAUUGUGGACAGAAAGUUGUCUUAUACUGAAUUGUUUACUAGGAUUGUGUACAGUAUGCGCUUAAACUGUUAUAAGGGGUUCUUAUUUCUGAAAUUAAUGUGAAAAAAAACAACAUUAAUACAAUUAUCUAGUUUUGGUUGUUCACUGUAAAUUUUACAGCUACUUAUUUUAUUAACUUCAAUCAUAUUCUUUCUGUGUUAUUAUGGGUAUAUUCUGACAGAAACUUUUGAUUACUGUCUUGCAAAAUGAGAAUCUCAUGCAUUGUAUAUUGCUACAUGUGCUGCAUCAUGUGAAAAUGGAUCCCACGCCAUGGAAGCCAGCUAACCUGUCCAUGCAAGGUUUCAUUGUCUCUCUAUCAAACAGCGUAGCUUAAGACAAGCCUGUGCAUUCACAUAUUACAUAAGCCCCUUUUUUGCAUGAUGCAGCUCUUAAGUUUUUUAGAUGAAUUAUAUUUUGAAAUGAAUGCAAUAAAAUCGAUGCACAUGUUUUUACCCUCAAAAAGAACAAACAAACUUAGUGUGAAUAAUGAUCUGAAGAUUCAGUGCUGGCCAAUUACUUCAGUAUGAGCAUCAAUUUGAGAAAACUGGGCGUACUACAUGUGCUUAACAUUUGGUUCUAGAUUAGCCUGUAGUUUGUGCAGUCUACACAGGUUUAUCCGAGACUACACUUUCAUGCAAUGUAUCCAGUUCAGGACAAAGUGUUGUCCCUGAUAAGCAUGUGUGGACUUCACAAGCUAAUCUUUGAUGAUACUUUAAAAAAUGCAUUUGGCCCAGUUCCUGGAGGGCGGCUCGUGUAUAGUUUUGUUUACCUGAGGAAACUAGAUGUUCAUGUUGUUCGUAUCUAUGCAUAAUUAAUUGAUUUAUUUGAAUGAUACAUUCACUCGUUUAGUUGCGAUGCAGGCAAAUUAUCAGAAAUAAAAAUGUAUAGUUCCACCAAGCAAGUCCCAAUUAUUAAAUGACUUGAGACCAAGAAAUUGUAAUAAUUCUUCCUACAGAAGCCUCAUUUUGAGAUAACUGACCUUAAUGCAUGUAAGCAAAGUUUUUGCUUUUGAGGUCUGCACUGGCUAAUGUGGUGCAACUCUUUCUGCUUUGUUUAAACAUUUCGUUGAAAGUCUCUUCAAAACAAAAAAUCCAUUGAAGGUGGACAGUGCGUUUAGUCCAGUUUUCUGUGAAUGAGGCUCUAUAAGAAGCCGAGAAUCCGAUCAAGUCUGGUUCAGAAGUAACUAGAUCAAACUGCUUCCCUGACUAUGUUGAUAUUUGGUUCUUUCUCUUGAGGAUUUCUUCAGUUGGAAUGCCAAAAUUUCAUAGACAAAUUAUGCUUACAUUUCUAUCCUAUUCAGUAUUGCACAGUUUAGCAAAACAUACUUAAGCCCCACUCUGGGAUAAAGGGGAUUAAUGCAUGUGCAUUAAGAGUUGUCCCAUAUUAGCCUGUGCAGACCGCACAUGCUAAUUAGGUACAACACUUUCCACUUUUAUGGAUUUUUCAGGUGAGCUUUUGUGACCGGUCUUUGUCCGUCGUAUGUCCGUCCGUCCCUCCGUUAACAUUUGCUUGUAAACACUAUAGAGGCCACAUUUCUUGUCCCAUUUUCAUGAAACUUGGUCAGAAGCUUUGUCCCUAUGAAAUCUCGGCCGAGUUCGUAACUGGGUUGUGCCAGGUCUAAAACUAGGUCACUAGGUCAAAAAAAAGAAAAACCUUGUAAACACUGUAGAAGUCACAUUUCAUGCCCAAUCUUCAUGUCACUUUGUCAAAAUGUUUGUCUUAAUGAUAUCUUGGUUGAGUUCAAAAGGCCGCCAGUGGGCGGGGCAGUUUUCCUUAUUUGGCUAUAGAGAAACCUUGUGAACACUCUAGAAGUCACAAUUUUUGCCCAAUCAUCAUGAAAGUUAGUCAAAACAUUGGUUCAAUUGAUGUCUCGGAAGAGUUCGAAAAUGGUCGAGAUCGGUGAAAAAACAUGGCCGCCAGUGGGCGGGGCAUUUUUCUCUAUAUGUAUAUAGUGGCAGUUUUCCCUAUUUGGCUAUAGAGAAACCUUGUAAACACUCUAGAAGUCACAAUUUUUGCCCAAUCAUCAUGAAAGUUAGUCAAAACAUUGGUUCAAUUGAUGUCUCGGAAGAGUUCGAAAAUGGUCGAGAUCGGUGAAAAAACAUGGCCGCCAGUGGGCGGGGCAUUUUUCUCUAUAUGUAUAUAGUGGCAGUUUUCCCUAUUUGGCUAUAGAGAAACCUUGUAAACACUCUAGAAGUCACAAUUUUUGCCCAAUCAUCAUGAAAGUUAGUCAAAACAUUGGUUCAAUUGAUGUCUCGGAAGAGUUCGAAAAUGGUCGAGAUCGGUGAAAAAACAUGGCCGCCAGUGGGCGGGGCAUUUUUCUCUAUAUGUAUAUAGUGGCAGUUUUCCCUAUUUGGCUAUAGAGAAACCUUGUAAACACUCUAGAAGUCACAAUUUUUGCCCAAUCAUCAUGAAAGUUGGUCAAAACAGUGGUUAAAUUGAUGGCUUGGAAGAGUUCGAAAAUGGUCGAGAUCAGUGAAAAAACAUGGCCGCCAGUGGGCGGGGCAUUUUUUUCGAUAUGUACAUAUAUAGUGGCAGUUUUCCCUAUUUGGCUAUAGAGAAACCUUGUAAACACUCUAGAAGUCACAAUUUUUGCCCAAUCAUCAUGAAAGUUGGUCAAAACAUUGGUUUUAUUGAUAUCUCGGACGAGUUUGAAAAUGGUCGGGAUCGGUGAAAAAACAUGGCCGCCAGUGGGCAGGCAUUUUUCUCUAUAUAUAUAGUGAAAACAUGUGAACACAGUAGAAGCCACAUUUUGGGCCCAAUUUUCAUGAAAUUUGCUCAGAACAUUUGUUUCCUUGAUAUGAGAGUUGAGUUCCAAAAUGGUUCCGGUCAGUUGAAUAACAUGGCUGCUGGGAGGGGGGCAGUUUUCUAAUUAUACCCCCCCCCCCUUUCGAAGAAGAGGGGGUAUAUUGUUUAACUCAUGUCGGUCUGUCCGUCCACCAGAUGGUUUCCAGAUGAUAACUCAAGAGCGCUUAUGCCAAGGAUCAUGAAACUUCAUAGGUACAUUGAUCAUGACUCGCAGAUGACCCCUAUUGAUUUUCAGGUCACUAGGUCAAAGGUCAAGGUCACGAUGACCCGAAAUAGUAAAAUGGUUUUCGGAUGGUAACUCAAGAACACUUAUGCCUAGGAUCAUGAAACUUCAUAGAUACAUUUAUCAUGACUCGCAGAUAACCCCUAUUGAUUUUCAGGUCACUAGGUCAAAAGUCAAGGUCACGGUGACCCAAAGCAGUAAAAUGAUUUCCGGAUGAUAACUCAAGAACGCUUAUGCCUAGGAUCAUGAAACUUCAUAGAUACAUUGAUCAUGACUCGCAGGUAACCCCUAUUGAUUUUCAGGUCACUAGGUCAAAGGUCAAGGUCACGAUGACCCGAAAUAGUAAAAUGGUUUCCGGAUGAUAACUCGAGAACGCUUAGGCCUAGGAUCAUGAAACUUCAUAGGUACAUUGAUCAUGGCUCGCAGAUGACCCCUAUUGAUUUUCAGGUCACUAGGUCAAAGGUCACAGUGAUCCGAAAUAGUAAAAUGGUUUUCAGAUGAUAACUCAAGAACGCUUAUGCCUAGGAUCAUGAAACUUCAUAUGUACAUUAAUCAUGACUCGAAGAUGACCCCUAUUGAUUUUCAGGUCACUAGGUCAAAGGUCAAGGUGACCUGAAAUAGUAAAAUGGUUUCUAAUGAUAACUCAAGAAUGCUUAUGCCUAGGAUCAUGAAACUUCAUAGGUACAAUGAUCAUGACUCGCAGAUGACCCCUAUUGAUUUUCAGGUCACAAGGUCAAAGGUCAAGGUCACAGUGACCUUAAAUAGUAAAAUGGUUUCUGGAUGAUAACUCAAGAACGCUUAUGCCUAGGUUCAUGAAACUUCAUAGGUAUAUUGAUCAUGACUCGAUGAUGACCCCUAUUGAUUAUCAGGUCACUAGGUCAAAGGUCAAGGUCACAGUGCCAAAAAACGUAUUCACACAAUGGCUGUCAAGGUCACGGUGACUCGACUUAGAAAAAUGGUUUCUGGAUGAUAACUCAAGAAUGCUUACCCCUAGGAUCAUGAAACUUCAUAGGUACAUUGAUCAUGACUCGCAGAUGAAAUAAUGAUGAAACUUGACCAGGAUGUUUGUCUGGACAAUAUCUAGGUCAAGUUUGACAUUUGGUAAAGAUUGAAUUAACCGACUCCUCUCAGGUGAGCGAACUAGGGCCAUCUUGGCCCUCUUGUUUGUAUUUAAGGACAAUGCAGUUUAUUCGGAAAUUAUCAUUCCAGAUUGUGGACUUCACAGAAUUAUCGCAGAUGAUCUUGUACAAACAGGCAUUAAGCCCCAUUUUCCUAGACAGGGAUUCAUAUAAGUUUGCUUUGUUAACACCUCUGUCUGUUAUUCUUUAUUGUUGUUUUGUUGUCUCUGUGAUAUUUAAUACUAUAGCAGAUUUUUUUGUCCCCCACUAUAGUAGUGGGGGACAUAUUGUUUUUUCCCUGUCUGUUGGUCUGUUGGUCUGUCUGUCUGUUUGCGCCAACUUUAACAUUUUGCAAUAACUUUUGCAAUAUUGAAGAUAGCAACUUGAUAUUUGGCAUGCAUGUGUAUCUCAUGGAGCUGCACAUUUUGAGUGGUGAAAGGUCAAGGUCAUCCUUCAAGGUCAGAGGUCAAUUAUAUGUGGCCAAAAUCGCUAAUUUUAUGAAUACUUUUGCAAUAUUGAAGAUAGCAACUUGAUAUUUGGCAUGCAUGUGCAUCUCAUGGAGCUGCUCAUUUUGAGUGGUGAAAGGUCAAGGUCAUCCUUCAAGGUCAGAGGUCAAAUAUAUGUGGCCCAAAUCGCUUAGUUUAUGAAUACUUUUGCAAUAUUGAAGAUAGCAACUUGAUAUUUGGCAUGCAUGUGUAUCUCAUGGAGCUGCACAUUUUGAGUGGUGAAAGGUCAAGGUCAUCCUUCACAAGGUCAAGGUCAUCCUACAAUGUCAAACAUCAUAUAGGGGGACAUUGUGUUUCACAAACACAUCUUGUUAAAUGCUUGGUUUCACCUAUUUUAAGAUAAAACUACUUAACUCGUAGGUACUUAGUGAAGUGUUUUUACAAACCAUUUAGAAAGUAACAUGACUUUGUUAAUGUUGUUCAUUUUAUACCAAAAUCGGAGUUAAUGCAAUGGCGGUCAUUAUUAGUCCCAUACCUGUGUUACGAAAGGUAAUAAAGGUUAACACUGGUCCGUCCAUAGUGUGUCUGAUUCUGGACCCUUUUUUAUGAGCAAAUUGCAAUUUGUGAUUUGUUUGUGACAUUUUAAUACAUGUAGGGCAUGUAGUGUAUGCAUUUACUGAUGUCAUACAUUUGCGGAAGUUCAACAACUGAUUAUUUAAUAUCUACCAUGCAAAAUAUAUCCACUUUAUCUUGACACAAACUAAAAUGACAAACAUUAACUAGAUUUUGUCAGUCAGGGUUUAUUUUCGACCACACUUGCCCACACGUGUUUUCAUUUGUGGAGAAAAAAGUAGUUGUCUAAGAUAAUUUAAGAGCCAGUGUCUGCUGUCAAUUUAGUCUCAUUCUGGGAAGAUCGGGCUAAAAGCAUGUACAUAUUGUGUCGUCCCUGAUUAGCCUGUGCACAGGUUUUUCAACUACAACACUGACUGCUUUUUAUGAUUGUUUUUCUUUAAAGGAAGUCUCUUAACAAAUAUCCAGUUUUAGUAGAAAAUGUUGCCCCUUAUUAGCUUGUGUUGACAUUCAAGUUUACACAGAGCGAGGCUCGACGUAUAUACCUAUUCAGUUACGAUGUCUAGAUACUUGACUACAAGUUAUGCUCUGUGAUAAUAUAGGGUUUCGUCUGAGCUUCGAAUGCAUUACAAGUAACAACUUAAUUAAUCCAUUUGCAUUAAUAACAUAUUUUUAAUUUACAAAAAGUAUAAAUGUAUUACCCAGUCAAGAAAAAAGGAAACAGAUGAACAUAAAACAGGUACAAUACAUGGUAUUUUGAAACUUUUAUAACAUUUAAAUCUGUUUAGAAUUUUGUUGGGUACAUAAUCGUUUUCUUUAAAUGAAUCCGAGUUUUUCGGUAUGAUUAAUUGGAGAAAGAAAUAUUGUUAAAUGAAUGUCACAAACCAGUUUAAAAUGUGUUAACAAAUUUGUUUUUGUUUUAAAGCGUCUAAUUGCCUCCUUAUGCAAAUCUAAGCUGAAUUUUGCGCUUAAUUUCAAAAUGUUUACUUCCAAAAUAUUUGACCCAGUGAUUUUGCUCCCUGUUUGCCACGCGUUUGCCAUUACUACAUUGGUAACUCUUGAUUUUGUUAAUAUGGUUGUUUUGUAAUGAAACAAUUAGCAUUACUCGUUCUGCUUGUUAUUUCAUGAUUUGAAUAAUUUUGUCAGUUUAACAAAACAUUUAUUUGUAAUACCAAACGUAUGUAGACAUAAUUAUUGUGUCGAUAUUGGCUUGUGUACAUAGCGUUCAUACAUGCAAAUUUCCCAGACUGUAGGUUGCCUGUAAACGUGUUGUAUAUGCCGGGUUUUCCUGCAUAUUUUACAGUCUCAAUGACGAACCAGUGUUCCAAGAGAACAGUUGGCUUUAAUUUAUGAACAUUAUGAAAUAAAUUUUAUGAAAACUA